AUGACACCUAGUGGCUAAUUAUUAUAUCGCUAUGAACUAAAACGAUUAUACACAAAGUAUCAAUAUAUCCCAUUCUAAACACACAAUGGAUACAUUCUGACACUAUUUUUUGUUGUUUUAUUUUAAUACAAUUUAAGUAGUGCCCUAAAUGGUGACAUCACGGGGUCCUUCCCGGUUAAUCGACAGUUGAAGUCCGCUUUACUUUCCCUUUCACUUUUAAUCUCUCCCUCGAGCAAACAACCAUGGACUCUGCUACACAGAUGAGCUAGUCCCGAACAAUAAUUUCUUAUAUGAAGACGUGCCAGGUGACCUAAUUAAACAUUUUUGAUGCGUAGUGGCGUCGGUUGCUGUAGCAAUGAACUCUGCUGACUUUUCCCUAUCUUCGGCUACUGGUGGCUCGUCGGUAUUCAUUCUUUACUUCUGAUAACCUAAGUAGCCUAUUCCACUGGCACGUGUUGUCCUUGACUUAAUUUAUUAUUACAAGAACCAAAGAACUUUCAACUAAACAUGGGAGGCUUACGUCUCUGUUUCAUACUGUAUUAUGCUUUAAUCGCAACCCUUUGUGUUGUCCACCCAUCUAAGGCUGAACCACUGGCCAGCAAACCGCCAUUUCCAUGGAACAAAAUGCGGUUACCAGAAAUUGUUCAACCGCUACACUACGACCUCUUUAUUCACCCAAACUUGACGUAUCUUAACUUUUCGGGAACUGUUCAGAUACAAAUACACGUGCAAGAAGAAACCCGUUUCAUUAUUCUUCACAGUAAAGACCUCCAAAUCAUCAGAGCAACUUUUCAGUCGUCAGGUCAUCAACGACACCUUAGAGUGUUAGAUUUCCCAGCUUUCGAGCAAAUUGCUGUUGUAUCUGAUGACUUCGCCAUUAGUAGAGGACUACAUGUCAUCAGUGUAGAAUUUACAGCUAACCUCUCUGAGAGUUUACACGGAUUUUAUAAAGGAACAUACAAAACAAAAGAUGGCGAGACCAGGGUGAUGGCAUCAACCCAGUUUGAGGCCACUCAUGCCCGCCAAGCCUUUCCCUGCUUCGAUGAGCCUGCCUUCAAAGCAAACUUCACCAUACGUGUACGCAGAGAACCCAGGCACAUUGCGCUGUCCAACAUGCCCAAGCUCAAGACAGUGGAGCAGCCAGGAGGUCUCCUGGAUGAUUACUUUGACACCAGCGUGAGAAUGAGCACCUACCUGGUGGCCUUCAUCGUAUGCGAUUUCCUCUCCAUUCGAAAGACCACCGAGCAUGGCGUUGAAAUCUCAGUGUAUGCCGUGCCUGAUAAAAUCGACCAGGCAGGAUACGCUUUAGAGACUGCGGUGAAGCUCCUCGACUUUUAUGAUGAUUACUUCAACAUCCCAUAUCCUCUUCCAAAGCAAGAUCUAGCAGCAAUCCCAGAGUUCCAGUCCGGCGCCAUGGAAAACUGGGGUCUAACGACAUACAGGGAGUCAGGGCUCCUUUUCGAUCCAGAGAAAUCAUCACCUUCAGACAAACUGGGAAUAACAAAAGUCAUUGCCCAUGAAUUGGCCCACCAGUGGUUUGGGAACUUGGUGACUAUGCAGUGGUGGAAUGACCUGUGGCUGAAUGAGGGCUUUGCCAAGUUUAUGGAGUUUAUGUCUGUUGACAUAACCCACCCAGAGCUACAAGUGAAUGACUACUUUCUGUCGAAGUGUUUCCGGGCCAUGGAGGUAGACGCCCUGAGCUCCUCACACCCCAUCUCCACCCCAGUGGAGAACCCUGCCGAGAUCAGAGAGAUGUUUGAUGACGUCUCCUACCAAAAGGGCGCAUGUGUUUUGAACAUGCUCAGAGACUUCCUGACUCCUGAAGCUUUUAAAAUGGGCAUCAUCCGCUACCUGAGGCGACACAGUUACCAGAACACGGUCAAUGCCCACCUCUGGGAAAGCCUAUCCAGUGUCUGUCAUUCUGAUGAAACAGGUCAGGGCAGAAUGAAAUUGGAUGGAUUUUGUGGUGGAGGCAAGUCCAGAAGUGAGGCGUCUAAAUGGUUCAUGCAAGACGAGCUGGAUGUGAAAGCCAUCAUGGAUACAUGGACCCUGCAAGAGGGAUUUCCUGUGAUUACUGUGGAGGUCAAAGGUCGAGAAGUCAGAUUGGAUCAGCAGAGGUAUCUGAAAGGGGGAGAUCCUGACAAGACAUCAAGUUUCCUUUGGCAAGUUCCACUCACCUACAUCACCAGUCACUCCAGCACUGUGCAGAGAUUUCUGCUGAAGGCCAGAAAAGAUGUAUUAUACCUGCCGGAGGAGGUGGAGUGGAUUAAGUUUAACGUGGACAUGAGAGGAUAUUACAUCGUCCACUACGAGUCGGGGGGAUGGGACGCUUUGAUCAAGCUUCUGCGGCUUAACCACACAGCUCUCAGCAGCAACGACAGAGCCAGCCUCAUCAACAAUAUCUUCCAGCUGGUCAGCAUAGGUAAGGUGCCUCUGGACAAAGCUCUGGACCUGACCCUGUACCUGAGUCAGGAGGAGGAGGCCAUGCCUGUGACCCAGGGCUUCAGUGAGCUCGUCCCUCUUUACAAACUCAUGGAGAAGAGGGACAUGGAGCAGCUGGAGAACGACAUGAAGGUCUCUGCACGUUUGAUCAUUUGGUUAUCACAUUUAUUGGAGGCUACAUUUGUAUUUUCAUUUGCAUAUACCACCUUUAAAUAACAUUGUUCAGUGGUAGACGU